AUGCCUCAGAGAAUCCCCGAGGCCGAGAGGCUGCUGGACCUCCUGUCCAUGAAGGGCAAGGUCGCUGUCGUCACCGGUGCCUCCGGCCCCAAGGGAAUGGGCAUUGAAGCCGCCCGCGGCCUCGCGGAGAUGGGCGCCGACCUCGCCAUCACCUACGCGUCUCGUGCCGAGGGUGGCAUCAAGAACGCAGAAGAGCUGUCCAAGGAGUACGGCAUCAAGUGCAAGGCCUACAAGUGCCAGGUCGACAAGUACGAGAGCGUCGAGAAGCUCGUCAAGGACGUCAUCGCGGACUUUGGCAAGAUCGAUGCCUUCAUCGCCAACGCCGGUGCUACCGCCGAUUCCGGUGUCCUGGACGGUUCCGUCGAGGCAUGGAACCACGUCGUCCAGGUCGACUUGAACGGCACCUUCCACUGCGCAAAGGCCGUCGGCCACCACUUCAAGGAGCGCGGCACGGGCUCGCUCGUCCUCACCUCCUCCAUGUCCGGCCACAUUGCCAACUUCCCCCAGGAGCAGACGUCCUACAACGUCGCCAAGGCCGGCUGCAUCCACAUGGCCAAGUCGCUCGCCAACGAGUGGCGCGACUUCGCCCGUGUCAACAGCAUCUCGCCUGGCUACAUCGACACCGGUCUCUCCGACUUCGUCGCCAAGGACAUCCAGCAGCUGUGGCACAGCAUGAUCCCCAUGGGCCGUGACGGUCUCGCCAAGGAGCUCAAGGCCGCCUACGUCUACUUCGCCUCCGACGCUUCGACCUACACCACCGGCGCCGACCUCCUCAUCGACGGCGGCUACUGCGUCCGAUAA